AUGCCAGUACCAAGACAACGAGUAUCUUCUCCACAUCAUGCUGCUUCAAUUACUAUUGUGACGUUCCAGAAUGUUCAAGAGACUGAAAAUCAUUUGAAUCAAGUGAGUCCUCCAUAUCAAGCAGUUUCUACACCUUGUCGAAAUAGUUUUCAAGAAGAGGAUCUACCGGUGGAAGAAGUGAUACGAAGUCGUAGUCAUUCACAUGCUUUAUCGGCAAUUUUAGGUGCUACUGGACGUGUUUCGACCACGGGAUCGGUCAUUAAUUCCGUGGAAUGGAGACCAUCGAAUCAACAGCUUCAGAUUACGGGAUCAAUGACACAGCUGCAACAUCGAGAACAUGUUGUUGAAGAGGAGGAUGAAAAGACGGAAUUACCCGUGCGACUUGCGAGAUGGAGACGACAGAGACGGAGAUGGAAACGAAUGCUUUUCUGGAUAGGAGCGAGUUUGGUUUUUGUAGGGACUUUUGCACUCAGUUUUCUAGUUCCUCAACAGAUUGGGACCUUAGCACCGAUAGUUUUGGGAGCUGGACUGAGUCUAUUGUCAACGUCGGUGGUACUUGUGUCGUUCUUGAGGAGACGACGACUACGACGAAAACCAAAUGAAUUGCUGGCGUUUGUGGCGUUGAGUGAGUUUGGCCUAGCGAUACUUACGAUGACUCACGUCCUGGCAAUGUGUAGUGCAGCGACUGGGGAGUGUCGUCCCAUGGGAUUAAUAACCUGCAGUGUUGCUGCGAGUCUGGAGACAUUUUUGCUGCUGGCUGGUGUCGGCUGGUUUGGAGCUGCUAUAUUACAUCUUUUCGUGUCGGUCUCGAACCCUUUUGCGAGCUACAAGAGGCAGUUGGUAUUUUACCAUAUUGUGGUCUGGGGUCUAUCGCUGAUUGCCAGCAUUGUGACGCCUCUGGCGCUAUUCUCCAAGCCCAUGCAAACCAAAUUUAAACUCACAGGCGCAGAAAUUUGCCGAGCUGUGGCGUUGAUACUUCCGUUGCUUCCAUCGGAUGCUGCAGACUCCGUCGCUAGCAAAACACGUAGGCUGGCGCAGUGGCAGGAGCUGAACUUGGCAUUCUGGGGAGUUUUGAUCGCCAUCGUGGUUGUUGUGGUUGUUGCUGCGCAACUCGGUCUCAUAGUAGGUUGGUGGCGAUCCAAUAGCGGGACAAUCAUUGCGCUCAAGGCUCGUCGUCGUCUGAUGAAGCGCAUGGCCGUCUACGUCCAUGCUCUCAAUGCAGUAUGGCUCGUGGUGUUAGUGGCUUUUUUCGUUUACCGGUCAAAUUUGGAUGCAGUUGCUGAUAUCCAAGUGCAAGGGGCACCACAGCACGACGAUGAAGGAAUGAAUUUCCUGGCCGCGUUGUUCCAUUUCAUUCUGACCGCAAAGGGAUUUAUUACUGGUGUCGUUUGGCUUAGUGUGAACAAGCCAUGCUGCGCGCUCGGACUUGCGUCUUGUGGUCUGCACCAGUGUAAAGAUGACGAAGAGGGUCCAUCGCAAGAGCAAGCGGCAUCAGCAUCGCAGUCAGCGGCAUUGUCGGCAUUUCCUCAUGAAGAAGCUGGUACUCAACGACUGAAUCACCCGGCAAUUGUAACCACAACAGCAGUGUCAAUGGAGGCGGGUUCGCAGGUGCCGCAAGAAAGAGCAAUAACACCGCAGGCAUCGGCUGUGUUGACCUAUGAGGCGCAUGAAAGUGUGCGUGAAAGUACAGCCGUACGAUUUCGAGAACGCGAUUCACUUCCAUCGUUAUCACCAGCGAUAGAUCCUGCGUUAACGGGUAGGUCAAACCGCUCGUCAUCAUCCUCGUACAAUGCUUCCACCAUGGAAUCAUAUGAGGCAUCGCAGAACAACGAGACACUCCAGCGGGAGAUUAUUUAUUAUACUGUUUGUGGAAUCACCAAGGCCAUUAUUCGUUCGGCUGAGCGUGCCAAAGCAUCGAACUUCACGACUGGCGAUGCAGGGAUCGUACUUGAAGAGGAUGACAUCGCCAAUCCUGCAGUAAGGGGUCGUGAUAGUGGCAUGGUAGAAACAACUCUUUUCGUGGGAGCCGAACGGGACUCGACACUAGUCAACAGUUCGUUCAUCUCACACGUGCAAAGCGUGACUAUCCUUUCAUCACCUCGAGCGUACUGUGAACCGCGCGUGAUACCUGCUACUGCACUUCAUCAUUCAGUAGCUGGCUUUGACCACGGAGAGACUCGUGAUAGUGGUGCAGCUGACCGUCCACGUCCUACCUCGUUCAGUGCGACAUCAAACUUAGAGUAUCGAGGUAAUUGGCGCCAGCCGCCUCCACUUUUGCACAGUCGCAGUCAGGGAAGUCGAUACAACACCCGACCUGGUUUGAGGGCAAACAACGCCACUUUCCAUCCUUUCAGCCAGAAUCCUGGGCGAUUUUCGCUGUAUCCGGUAUCUCAAGUUCCCUUCGAGUUGUUUGAACAGGAGAUUGAACUGGAAAGCUCACGGUCUUCAAUAGGAGAACCGGUUGUAGAAGGAAGAACGACACGAUCGACGGUGUUUGCUGGUAUACGUCGCACAGCUACUUCAGCGUUUACCCAAGGGAGAGGUGUAUUCCGUAGUCGUAGUGAAAGUGCUGAAGCUUCAAUCAGCGCAGCUACCGUGAAUAAUGCGGUGGUGCGUGAUUUCCUACCGGACGAUCCAAAGCCAAAGGUAUUCGUGGACUAUGCCCCUCGUGAAUUCCGAGCUAUCAGGUUGGCAUUUGGGCUUUCAGAUGAGAAAUAUUUGGCCAGCUUUCGCACGACGGCCAAGGAGCGAGUAAGUGCUGGGUCAAGUGGUGCGUUCAUGUUCUUCUCAGGGGACAAUUCGCUGCUUGUGAAAAGUCUCAAGGAGAAAGAGUGCCGUGCGCUUGUGGAUAUGGCUCCACAAUACGCGCGGUACCUGACAGCAAAUCCGCACUCGAGACUUAUCCGCUUCUUUGGUUGUCACCGUGUACGCCUUUAUGGACGCAACUUUUACUUUGCCGUCAUGUCGAACGUAUUGCAUAGCGAGCACCACACUGCGACGAUCACAGAAAAAUACGACAUGAAAGGUUCAUGGGUAGAUCGUCGUGCACGUCGACCGCAACGUGGUGACCGAGUCACGUGUGCAGAAUGUGACGCAACUUACACGUUUGGAGGCAGCAAUGAAGAUGGUGAUGUGGCGAGUACUGCUUCAGAUUCUGACGAUGGUCACACGUUAGCAGUGAAUAACCGUGUAGUUGCGCAGUAUCCGUUCCAUAUGCACCGACCGGACAUCGUUCUUAAAGACUUGGAUCUGGAACGCUCGCUGCAGUUUCCCCAGCACAUUACAGCUCAUUUGCACGCUCAGAUCGUUUCGGACAGCGAAUUUCUUCGGGAUAUAGGCAUCAUGGACUAUUCACUGCUCAUCGGUGUCCACAAGUGUCAUUUACGUGCUCCGCGUCCAGGCUAUUCAAAUGAGGUCGCAGACACAGCGAAAGAUAUCGACGAAGUGAUGGAUCGUGAGCUGAAUAACGAAGAGUCCAGCAGUGGCAAGAACCUUGCUCCGCUUGGGGAUGAUGAGGUUUACUUUGUUGGGAUCAUCGACAUUCUACAACAAUGGGAUUGGGAGAAGCAGUUUGAAAAGGCCGGCAAGGUGUUGCUGGGCAAGCCUGCUCGAGGAAUCUCUGCUCUUGCUCCUGCUGCAUAUUGCCGUCGAUUCCAAGCUCGUUGUUCUCAGAUUUUGCUUGGUGGUCCAGCUUCUGAAGACAUGGAUCUGGAUUGGGAGGUUGAUACGAAUCUCGUGCAUGUUAAAGAGACCAAGUCCCGUUCAAACUCGAAGGAGGCCAAGGAGAUAGCUAACCAUAUCAGUGAGAAAGCCUAA